AAGUUUAAAAAAUAAUCGUUAUUAAAAGCGAAUCAAAUAUGCCUUUGAGUCAAAGAGCUCUUUGUAACGGGGUAAAGUGCAUUUAUCUGUUGGGGCGGAGGCAUUGCAACAUCAAAGAGACAUACAUCAAAGGUCCUGCUCUCCUACCAUAAUAUAUAUAAUGCGGUGUCGACUGUGGAGUUCUCUGUCAAAGUUGCUUUGUUCUUUGGCCUUUCCAAAAGCUAUCUCCGUUGUUGGUCUUUGAUGUCCGUCCAUCUCCUUUUACUUAUAUAUUUGGAGUGAGCCAGCCCGCCAGUUUCAGUCGCGUCACAGUCGUCGUUCGUGCGAUAUGUCCGCCGCUAGGAAGUAACCAAUGAUGAAGAUGAAAACUAGAAGGCAAGUCCUUAUGAAAAAACCAGCCAAAAUUCGAAUUUCUAGCGAAGCUGAUAUUAUUAAGAAACUGGAAAUUUGGUACACGCGAUGGACGAAAAGUAUUGGGCGACCUCUUACUCCAUUAAACCUGAAGAAAAAGACCAUAAUGCUAUUGAAAACGCUCAAAGUGUCUACAGAUAUUAUAUCCAUAAUCACACUAGAUUGGAUUAAGAAAUUUAUGAAGAAUCGAGGUAACUUGGAAGGAUACGAUGAUGACGAAAUCUAUGCUGGACUAUUGAUUCCUUUUGAUGUCAAUGGUAUUCCUGAUAUUACAUUAGACACCAACGUAAAUCCAGACCGAAAAGUGUGGCUAUUGAUGGCCGGCAACAAAAGUGGAAGACACAGAACCAGAGUAUUGGUUAUAGGUAAGAGAUGGAGACCCCCUUGUAUAGAAACUGUGAAUAUGUUGGGGCAACCUGUGAUAUACGCAGGAGGGGGUGAUGGUUUUCCUACACAAGAUUUGUUCAAAUGGUGGUUCGAGACAGAAUUUUGUCCAGCUGCUCUGUCUAUUAAUUCAAAAGCUGUGCUGGUUAUGGAUAAAGCAUCCUUUAUUCCAGAGAAGUGUGAAUAUAACGGAGUUUCCUUACAAAAUCAUGACGGAGAUUCAAUUUCUAAAUCUACAUUAUUUAUUGAAUUCAAAGCUACAUACACAGCUCUACUCCUUACUCAAGCAUCUUUAGAUCAACAAUCCGAACGGUCAAUACAAAGAUUUUUAGAAAAAUACACUUUAAAAGACGCAUUUAUAUUAUUACAUAGAGCUUGGUUACAAGUCACCACAGAAUCGUUUUCGACUUGUUGGAAAAAUAGUACAUAUACAUCAGCAUUGAAGGGUACUAUUUUAGGUGUGCAGUGGUUAGCUCAUGAUCUUGGACUUGAAGUAUCAGACGACGACAUGCUAGUUUGGAUUUUAUCAAACCCUGUGGAAUUCACUGAGCCGGAAAAUUUAUCUACAGAUUCCGAGGAUAUUGAAAUUCCACCUUCUGCUACACAAACAGUGGAUUAUCUAAAAAAGGCGUUAUUAUGGGUCGAGACACAACCACUUGAACCUUCGUUUGUUAUUGCGAUAAGGGACUUAAUAACUUAUGCUAAACAGGCAAGCAAGAUCGGUUUAGGACCAGCCCAUCCGUUCUUUUGCCACAACGGCGAGCAGCUGGGUACCCAACCACCACCCGCCCAUAUGGGCAUACCUCCUUACCAACUUGACAAAGCACCCGGACUUCCGAGGCCUUCUAUGUACCCAUUCCCUACAGGCCAAUACCCUUAUCCGUUAUUAAGUCCGGAUAUGUCACAAGUUGCAGCUUCAUGGCACACACCGGCUAGUAUGUACCAUCAGAUCUCAUCGGCUGGAACUGGUUUCAGAGGAUCCUACCCACCUUCUUUAGGAACAAGCCUUACUAGUGAGCUGUAUAGGUUUUCACCUACGGGACUGAUGAGUGGUCCAUCACCUCAUCACCAUUUAUCCCAUCAUACCCAUCAUUCUCAUCCUGCAAUUGUAACUCCAGGAGUGAGACAAGACCUACAUACGGAUUCUAAUCACAGGCCGCAAAACGACCAUAGUAAAAAUUCUUCGUGUUCAGACGGCUCCAAGCACCACGAUACUGUUCAAAACAGUAAUAACCAAGAUAAGAAGAAACCUCACAUAAAGAAACCUUUGAAUGCGUUUAUGUUGUACAUGAAAGAAAUGAGGGCAAAGGUGGUAGCGGAGUGUACGCUCAAAGAAAGUGCAGCGAUCAACCAGAUAUUAGGGCGACGGUGGCACUCUCUGUCGCGAGACGAGCAGGCCAAGUACUACGAGAAAGCGCGCCAGGAACGACAACUCCAUAUGGAACUGUAUCCUGGUUGGAGCGCUCGGGAUAACUAUGGAUACGGCGCCAAGAAGAAGAAACGGAAGAAAGAGCGCGUACCGGUCAUAGAUGCUGGCUCAGGAGGUAAUAACAGCAUGAAAAAAUGCCGUGCAAGAUACGGACUCGACCAGCAAAGCCAAUGGUGUAAACCUUGCAGGCGCAAAAAACGUUGCAUACGGUACAUCGAGAGCGGCGGCGACUCGGGCAACCAGUCGGACGACAACCAGUCGACGGGCAGCCUGGGCCACUCGGACAACGAGGAGGCCGACUCGGCGUCCAGCCCCGGCGGCCUGAGCGCCUUGUCCAGCCUGACCAGCCCGGGCAUGCUGACGCAGGCCAGCCUGUCCCCGGCCACGCCGCUCACGCCGCACGUGUCCGAGUACGAGUGCCCGCCGAUGGCGGUGCGCAUGCCGCUGGCGGUGGUGGUGCCCACCAGACACCAUCAGCCGGUCGGCACCAACCCGCACGACAUCAACAACCCGCUCAGCGUCAACCAGCUGACGGGCGGCGUCGUCAACAACAAGUGCCAUAACAACCCCAGGGAGCAGCAGCAGCAGCAUCAGCAUCAGCAGCAGCAGCAGCAACAGCAACAGCAGCAGAACGAUCUGAAAACCGUACCCAACCCGAACAACCAACCCGAACAACAACGUCCCAACAACAACAGCAACCGGACGCUUCCCGCCAUUAGCGUGACGUAGCGAAGCGCCCAAACAAAAGUUUACUUAAUAAUAAUAAUAAUAAUAACAAUAAUAAUAGUAAUAAUAAAGUUAUUGUUGUUGUACUGUGUAAUACAUAAUUUGAUGUGUUUAUAUUAUUAUUAUUAUUAUUAUUAUCGACCCACCCGCUCAAUUUAUCGUAUAAUUGUUUUUAUUUUUUUUUUUUUGUUAUUUUCCGCGCACGCGCAAUACGAACGAAAUAAUGUCAUGGGUUAUAUUCGCGUAAUGUUUAUUGUACCUGUUUGCGAAUGUAACGUACCACCUAACUCGCGACGAGUGUUGUUUUGGGGAGGGGGACGAUCGAGGCAAAUAAAGGAUAAAACACUAUACUUGGGACUGACGCUCGCGGUUUGCGGCUAGACUUAUACCUACUUACCGUACCAUAUUAUAAAUUCGUUCGAAACGAGAUAAUGUUAAAAUUAUUAUUAUUAUUAUUAUUAUUAUAUUGAUAUUAUUAUUUUAUUGCCAUUUCGAGAAUCUUUAUAUAGAAUCCCUUUGUGUACCUCAAAGACUAAACGCAAUUGUUUUAUUAAUUAGUUUUUAAUCAUAAUAAUAUGUUGUGUGUGUAUUAUAUUGUUCGUGAUGAUGUAUAAACGAUGUUUGUUUGCCGCUAAAAAUCGAAAUAAAUAUGUUUUGAAAAAAAAAUUAAACAUAAAACGCCCCCCCGCCCACGCGAAAAAAAAUGAAUACACAAUAUGCUCGGUUGUUAUUAUUAUUAUUGUUCGUUUGUGCUACGAUCAAAACGAAACGUCAUUUUCAACAAUAAUAUUGUUAUUUCGCAUGAUUUUUGAAUCAUAUACUUAAUAUAAUAUCAUAAUAACAUGACGCGAUGUAUAACACAAUAAGCAUAACGAUACUUUAAUCGACGGUGUUCGUUCGUAUUUACGUACUCUUGUAUUAUAGGGCUGUAUAUUAGUAUAUGAUUGGACGUAGUGAGAUGAUGCGUUUUGUUGUAUUUUCGUGGUCCAUAUUUUCAAAAAUUUUUUUCUCCAAUCGACGUGCAAACAUUACCCGUGCCGUCGAUAUCACUUGUUAUUUUUUAAUAUGUUCCUAUGUCUUACACGCAUUGUGUUAACGUUCAUGAAUAUUACCCUAUAGGUGCCAAUCAAAUAUGUAAUAAUCAUAUCCGAUACACUGUACACAGCCCUAUAUUAUUGUGUUUCUACCUCCUUUAUAUUGAUUGUGCCAGUUAUGAAAACUAAUAAUUUGUAAAAAUUAAAAUUAAAAUGAAGUUACGAAUAAAUCAUUAAUUUCGUCGUACCUUCAGAAAUACUCUUGAUAUUUUAGCGAGUAGAGAUGUAAUUCAGAUUAAAUGGAAAAAAAUGUACUUAUAGAUUUUUUUUUAAAUUUAUUUAUAUGUAAUUUAAAAUGUGUAUGUAUAUAUUAUAUAUAUUAUGUAUGUGUGUGUGCAUAUAAUAUUGUAUGUGUAUAUAUAUUAUAUAUAUAUAUAAUAUAUAUAUUAUUAUUAUUAUUAUAUUUUAUUAUUAUUA